AUGUUUCGUUUGUACAACACAAACACAGUUUGCUAGUUUGGUUGAUUUUUUUUUUCAGAGCAAUAGUUUGGCUGAGAUUGUGUGUGACAGCCAGACUGGUGAGCUACCAACUCUGAUCCAUUUUGAUUUGACGUUUGAUAAUGAUCUCUAAUUAUUUGCUUCAAAAAUAUGGUCUCUAAUUAUUGAUGUGGAAAAUUAGCAGUAUAAAACAUGUGGAAAAUUAGCAGUAUAAAACUUGUGGGAUCUAAUCCAAAGUUUAAAUUAGAGUAAACUACUGUUGUGAGUGUCUUACCUACUGGCCUUCGAAGUUCAAACAGAAUCAAUCUUUUAGGCCCUGUUUGGAACAAGAGAAUUGCUCUAGGAAUUUCCAGGAUUUAGUCUAAGUUUGUAUUAAAUGCUAGGGAUUUGAAUCCCAAAACUCCCCUUCCAAUUGUUCCAAACAUGCACUUAGGAGGAAAAUAGUAUCCUACUUGUUGCCGUCCUUGGUUUGAGAAUAAACAACGCUAAAACUGAACAUUAUUGCUUUUUUUUUUAAAAUGGCUCUUAGACAUUGUUAUUGGCCAUUAUUUGUAGAUCACUUCCACUAGAAAAUCUUAGAGAUUUGUAGGACUUAAGUAGCGCACACGGACCACGUGAGGAAAGCAGCUAACGAUCACUAUAGACCCACUUGUCAGUGGGCCCAGUCCAAUAAUGGCCACUGGGAAGCUUACUGCACACGACUGCACGGCCAGUCGGCCACCUCAUGUGACUCAGCUCUUAUCUCAAUGCAGCUCUCCCAUCGUUUUCUCGCCACGUUUACACGCUCUCGAGUCGCCGAGUCCAAAAAAAACACACACACACACACACACACACACACUCAAGCAGUCAAGCACCAAAUUUCUCCCCUGCUUCACUCAUCUCCCACUUAGCCAUGGUGUCCAAGAGUCCACCGUCCUCCGGUGAAGCUGGAAGCGGCGACAUGGGGUCAGCUGAGGCGCCCCUGCUGCCGGAGCACGCGGGCCCCUCGGGCGGUGGCUCAGCAUCGGUACUCGGCGCGGUGUUCAACGUGUCGACGAGCGUGGUGGGCGCCGGGAUCAUGUCGAUCCCGGCUGCCAUGCGGGUGCUCGGCGUGGUGCCGGCGGUGGCGCUGAUCGCCGCCGUCGCGGUCCUGGCCGACGCCGCCGUCGACUUCAUGCUCCGGUACACCCGCGGCGCGCCGUCGUACGCGGCGCUGAUGGGCGACGCGUUCGGCCGCGCUGGGGCCGCGCUGCUCAACGUGUUCGUCGCGCUCAACGCCUUCGGGACCCUCACCGUCUACCUCGUCAUCAUCGGGGACGUUAUGUCCGGUGCGGCGAGCGCCGGGAACGCACACGCGGGGGUGCUGCCGGAGUGGUUCGGGCAGCACUGGUGGACAAGCCGGGAGGUGGUGCUGGUGGCGGCCGCGGCGAUUCUGCUGCCCCUUGUGCUCAGGAAGCGUGUUGAUUCAUUGAGGUACACAUCGGCCAUCUCCAUCCUGCUGGCGGUGGUGUUCAUGCUCAUCAGCCUGGGAAUCGCGGUGUACGCUCUCUUCAGGGGCACCGCGACGAUGCCGCGGAUGCUCCCGGACUUCUCCAGGCUCUCUUCCCCGUUCGAGCUCUUCACUGCCGUCCCGGUCAUCGUCCUCGCCUUCACCUUCCACUUCAACGUGCACCCGAUCCGCGCCGAGCUGAGCAAGACGUCGGACAUGAAGGAGGUCGUGCGCAUCUCCCUCGUGCUCUGCGCUGCCAUCUACGCAGCGGUCGGCUUCGUCGGCUUCCUCCUCUUCGGGGACGCCACCAUGGCCGACGUGCUCGCCAACUUCGACCACAGCUCCGGCGCGGGGGUCCCGCAGGCGCUCAACGACGCGGCGCGGCUCAGCUAUGCGCUGCACCUCGUGCUCGUGUUCCCGCUCCUCCUCUUCUCGCUCCGGAUCAACGUCGACGAGCUCCUCUUCCCGGGCCGUCGGCCGCUUGCCACAGACACGUGCCGGUUCGUGUCCCUGACAGCCGUGAUUAUGGCGAUGCUGUACGCGCUGGCCAUCGCCAUACCCAGCAUCUGGACGCUCUUCGAGUACACCGGAUCGACGUUCGCGGUCACCAUCUCGUUGAUUUUCCCUGGCUCCAUUGUUCUCAGGGAUGUUCAUGGAAUAGCAAAGCGGAAGGACAAGGCAUUGGCAGCGACGAUGAUCAUUUUGGCUGUGAUCACGAGCAGCAUCGCCAUUGCCUCAAACAUCAUGAGCUCCAUCAGCGACAAAGUCCGAGGAGGUCGUGUAGCUAGCGAAUAAUAGUUCAUAUCAAUCAAAAUGCUUUAUUGUUUGCAGCCCAUAAGCUUGAAGAUUGCUGCGCGUGCAACUCUCUUCUCUCAGGUUUUGUUCUUAGAAGAAUGAGAGACUGCUUCGGUUCAUGAGCUUAGACCGUGCCCCGUCAUGUUGUAGUAGAUGUGUGCAAGGAAAUACCGGCCUGCCAUUGUUGUGUAUUUGUACCGGUGACUGAUAUAUUACUGUGUAUAACUAGCGUAUCAAUCCGUACGACUGCACAGGCUAAAAAUUUAGCUUACAGCUAAAUUGUAGAUAUUUGUAUUAAUAAUAGUUGUAUACUAAAAUACAUUAACUAUUUAUAUUUAAAUAUUAGAAUGCAAAAUAUAAAUGUAAUUUUUGUUCAUAAUAUUGGAAUCAUGUUUAUUAUUUGUGAAUAGAUCUAAUUUAUAAUUUUCA